AUGACAGAAACAGUUUUAAAUGGAAGUGGUUUAGUAAUUCCUAAACGUUAUGGUGGUGGUGUUAUUGAAUAUACUACUUCAACAUUACCUGAAGUAGAUAUUAUCAUUUCUGAAUUAUUAGGAGAACAUUGUAGAAUAUCUCUUUGGUAUGAUUUUGCACUAGCAUAUUAUCGUCAAAAAAGGUUUGAUGAUUUCCAAGCAAUUCUUGAGAAAGGUAUAGAAUAUGGACAGAAGGAACACGACGGUACAAGUACCGAUAUAUUAAAAUUAUAUGAUGCACUUGCUUCUUAUCAAAUUUUAUGUGGUUGUAAAGAAACAGAAAAAGUAAAGAAAGCACAACAUUUUUCAAAAGCUACUACUUAUUUCAAUGCCGGAGAUAAAAUUCUUAUGUUUGAUCAGGAUCAUUUACUUGGACGUGCUUAUUUUUGUUUGUAUGAAGGUCUUAAAAUGGAUCAAGCUGAAGCACAGUUCAAAUUUGUAAUUAAUACAAAUGAGAAGAAUGUUCCUGCUAUUUUAGGAUAUGCUUGUGUACUUUAUAAUAAAAAAGAGUAUAAAAAAUCUCUUGAAAUGUAUAAAAAAGUACUUAAAAUGUGUCCUAAUUCUCCACCAUAUGUACGUUUGGGUAUUGGUUAUUGUUUACAUAAAUUAGGAUAUAUUGAGAAAGCGAGAGUUGCUUUUGAAAGAGUGUUAGAACUUGAAGAAAAUAAUAGUUAUGCACUAACUGCUUUAGCUGUACUUGAUUUUAAUAAAAACACUCUUGAAUCAACAAGUGCUGCUGCUAAAAGACUAGUUAGAUCAUGGAAAGAAGAUAGUAAAAAUUCUGUUACUGCACUAGAAAUGGCAAACUUUUUAUUUUUAAGAACUGAUUAUGCAAAAAGUGAAAAAUAUGCUAAUAUAGCAUUACAUUUAAUAGAAUCUCCACGUUUAAAGGCUGAAGGUCACUACAUGGUUGGAAGAUGCUUACACCAAAAAGGUGAAACUGAUCUUGCUAUUCGACACUACAAUAUUGCUAUAAAUUCAUGUGGUUCAAAAUAUUUACAACCAUUAUUUGGUUUAGGACAAUUAUUUGUAAAAAAUAAAGAAUUUGAAAAAGCAAUAGAUUGUUUUGAAAAAGUUUUAGUUGAUGCACCAAAUGAUAUUAAUACAAAAAAAGCUUUAAUUAUGAUGUAUAUAAGGUGUCCAGGAAAAAACUUUGAUAUGAAAAAUAAACGUACAUCUUCAGCUAAAAAAUUUUUUUCUGAAUUAUUAACAGGUGAUAAUCUUUUUGAUGCUACAUUAGUUGCUGAACAUGCACGAUUUCUCGAGAAAACAAAUAUUAGUCUUGCAUUAAAAGAAAUUGCUAGAAUAGUUGACAUGUAUAAGGAAAAUGGAAAUGGAGUUAUACCAAUUGAAUUAUACAACAAUUUAGGUGUAUAUUUAUACAUGAAUAAAAUAUACAUUGAAGCUAAUUCUGUCUUUUCUGAGUGUCUAAAUAGACUUGAUAAGGAACGAUCGAAAGAUACAUACUAUGCUAACAAUUUAGAAUUAACAUUAACUUUUAAUUUAGCAAGAACAAAAGAAGAAUUAGGAUAUUGUAAUGAUGCUAUUGAAUUGUAUAAAUGUUUAUUAAAAUGGAAACCAAAUUAUUAUGAAGCUACUUUAAGGUUAGGUAGAAUUGCUCAAAAAAGAGGUGAUUCUAGAAUUGCAUCUAAAUAUUAUGAAGAAGUCAUUAGUAGAGAUUCUAAAAAUGUCGAAGCAUUGACUUUAUUAGGAUGUCUUUAUAUGGAAAGAAAAGACUAUAAACAAGCACAAAAAAAAUUUGAAGAUAUUAUUAAAUUACCAGAACAUAAAUCUAAUGCUUUUGCAUGUUUUGCUCUUGGAAAUAUUUGGUUAGAACAACUUUGUAUUCCAAAUAGGAAUAAAGAAAAAGAUGAACAACAUGUUAUGAGAGCAUUUGAGAUGUAUUCUAAAGUUUUACGAUAUCAUCCAAAGAAUGUUUAUGCAGCUAAUUGUAUAGCUAUUUUGCUUGCUUUUAAUGGUAAUUAUGAAGAAGCAAGAGAAUGUUUUGCAGAAGUUCGUGAAAAUUUAUUUGAUAAAAAAGAUGCUUGGUUAAAUUUAGCACAUGUUUAUGCUGCUAUUGAAAAAUUUGGCCUCAAUAACGAUUGUGAUGUCUUGAUGUCUCUUGCUCGUAUUUUUUGGAAAAAUGAUGAUUAUAAUAAUGCUAAAGAGUACAUGAUUCAAGCAGUUAAUGCUGAUUGUUGUAAUUUUUAUGCUAGAUAUAAUUUAGCUAAAAUUUAUAUGAAAAUUGGUUUAAAAAUAAUGGAAUCUACAAAAUCAUCACUAACUGAUUUAGAUAAUGCAAUUGGUUAUUUUACUGAAGCUAGAGAUGUUUAUAAUGUAAUAUACCAAUUAUUAAAUAAUAAUGAAAUGAAAUAUAAAUGGAGAUAUAUAAAUAGAGAUAUGGCAAAAGAAGAAUCUUCAAAGUGUGAAGAUUAUUUAAUUCAAGCAAAUUUGUCAAGAACAAAAGCUAUUGAAUUUGAAAGAGAAAAAGAGGAAUGUAAAAUAAAACAAAAAGAGAUGAUGCUAAAAUUGGAGGAAGAAAGAAUAGCUGAGAAAAAAAAUAAAGAAGAAAAGGACCUUGAAAGACUUAAAAGACUAAGGGAACUUCGUAAUGAAUAUCUUAAUAUGACAAAGGAUGCUCUCAAAAUUCCAACUGUAGAAGAAAAGAGAAAAUCUAGUAGUAAAAAGGAAGGAGGUAGUAGAAGGAAGAAGAGUGAUGUUAACGAUGGAUUUAUUGUUUCUGAAGAAGAAUUUGAGGAAGAGAAUAGGCGACGAAAACAGAAAAGAAAAGGUAAGAAAAACCGUAGGGAACAAGAAUCUCAAAUUGAAAAUAGUGAAAGUGAUAAUGAAGAAAAGAAACAGGAAGAUGAAGAAGAUAUAAAUAAUAAACAAAAAGGGAAAUACAAAAGUAAAGCUUACAUUUCGUCAGACUCAGACUCUUCAGAAAACGAGAAAAAAGAGGAAGAGGGUAAGAGAGAAUCUCUUUCACCUCCUGUACCAACAUAUACUGGAAUAAGUUCUGAUUCUGAUGAUUCAACUAAUUCAUCAUCCAAUUAA